CUCUGCGCGGGUGGGCGGAAGCGCGGCGCCCACGUGGUUCCUGCAGGAGCCGCCGCCGGGUCCCGAACCGAGUGGGACCGUGCGGGUCCAACGGGGCGGAUCCGAGCGGGGUCGGGCCCAGAGGGACCGUGAUCGGGACCGGGACCGAGCGGGGCCGGUGCUGGCCGCCAUGGAUCCGCUGCGGGCUCAGCAGCUGGCGGCCGAGCUGGAGGUUGAGAUGAUGGCCGACAUGUACAACCGGAUGACCCAGGCGUGCCACCGCAAGUGCGUGCCGCCGUUCUACAAGGAGUCGGAGCUGUCCAAAGGGGAGUGCGUGUGCCUGGACCGCUGCGUGGCCAAGUACCUGGAGGUGCACGAGCGGAUGGGCAAGAAGCUGACGGAGCUGUCGCUGCAGGACGAGGAGCUGCUCAAGCGGAUGCAGCAGGGCAGUGGCACCGCCUGAGCCCCUACCCAUCACCCCAAUAAACCUGGGCGUCUGCUGCGCUCCCCUCACCCCCAAACCCACCCUGUGGCCGUCUGUUGGGGUACGUGGUGCCCGUGGUUGCUGCUGGGAGCCCCCCUUGUUGUCCCCAGCUGCCACGUGCUGUGUCCUUGUGGGGGGCACCCCUGGGUGCCCCCCCGGCUGGGCCCAGCCCGUGUAAUCCCCCGGAUUAGGCAGAGCUGGGCUGAGCCCCUUGUAAUCCCCAGUGGGGUGGGACAGGGCUCAGCCCCUCCCUGUCUGUGCUGGGGGUCACCAGAGGGGACAGCGGGGGGCCCUGCACAGGGACACAGCCCCCUAGGGGCAGGGCACAGGGACACCCUCGCAGGGACACUCCCAGAACACCCAGCCCUGUUUGAGGAUACACAGAUGGGACCACGUGGGGACAGCCCAGGGACAUCUCUGCCUGGGAAAGGACCACGUGGGGACAGCCAGAGACCACGGGGAAGGGGCAUGGGGACAGUCCCACAUACAGGGACACGAGCACACCCACGUGGGGACAGUGUGCACACACACAGACAGACACCCCACACACCCCUGGGGACACCUGGAUGGGAUGAGGGAGCAGGAGACACGGACACCCAGUGAGUUACACCCGCUGAGGGACACCCCACGCUGUGUGAGGGACACCCACCGAGGGGCAGGAUGUGACACAUGCCCAGAGGGACCGCGGGCAGGGGGUGGGCACUGUCCCCGUGCCCGCAGCCCGGCAGCGUGUGCUCCAUCCGUGUGCUCCAUCCGUGUGCCUGCGGGAAGUGGGUCAGGCAGUGCAGGGCGCGGGGGUGGCUCUGCUCUGCGCCCCGCGGCUCCCGUGACACCCGCCAGCACUGCCCGGGGUGCGGGGUGGCGCCGUCACGGCAGCCCGCGUGUCACCGGCCCCGCGGUGGGGAGUGUGGUGUGUGUGUCCUGCAGGGGGUGUCCGUCCGUCCGUCCGUCCCCCCCCGCAGCGCCCUGCACGCCUCGCUGCCCUGCCACCCGCCGCUCCCAUCAAUAUUUCAGGAGCGGCAGGCGGUGACCUGGAUCGACAGUGGCCCACCCACAGCAGCCAGGCCCCGCUCUCCCAAAAUAAGACCAUUUUUAAUAAAUAAUUUCCCACC